AUGGGAGACAAGAAACCACCCAUGAAACCAUCCGACUGGAAACUACCGAGGCAGCCAGAAUACCGUCGACCGACCAUGCGACAGGAAUCCGAUGACUCAAGGAGAAGCCGUCCACCUCGAGAUAUGAGAAGUACAAGGGCUCCCCCACAAUCACAUCGAAUCUCUCCAUAUCGGUCAGUGUCACCUACUAGACCGAUCACCCGGCGAAGCGAUGGGUCGCCUGGACCAUUCGACGUACAGUCUCGUCAAAACUCAGAAGCAAAUGCAUCUCGUUUGAGAAACACAACUCGUUUGAGAGACACAACUCGUCAAAGUGAUUCUAAUGAAUUGCGCAGGGCGCCUGUUUCGUGGAACGACUUGUCUCGUUCGAUGGCUUCACAAUCAUCAAAUCGUUCGAUGGAUUCGCAACCUUUGAUGCAACAAUCUUCUAGUUUGCCGAAACUUUCUGGAUCUGGAUCAGCUUCAAAGACAAACAAUCUGGGAUAUAAGCUUCCUCCAAUUUUCCCAAACAAACCCAUCGAUGGCAUUCAUGGACAUUCAAAAAAAUCAUCCGCUAAAACAGAAGCCACCAGAUUGCCGCUCAUAAAAGUCAGGGGAAAGUCUGAACCCCCAAUGAUGUCUUCUGGAAAGGACGGAUCUUUGAUGCGAGAGUCGGACGUUCGGGGAGCUCCUGAAACACAAAAUCGCCCUUGUCGUCAAAAAACUGAAUCAAGAGCAAAAAUUCAUCCCACAUCGUGGGAUUCAUUGGCAAAACAACAAAAAAUAGAGAAAGAAGAUACAGUUGAAGAGUUGAUUGGGCGUGUCAAUUCAGAUGUGGGCGAAGAACUUUCAAAUUAUCUGGAAAAACUAGUACCACCCAGAACCACUACUGAUCCAUUCCCUCAUUCUGUCCAGACUCCAUCAACUUCAGACAGAUCAUCAAACGCUCCUUCGCUCGUUCCUCUCCGUCCCAAAGGAAGUGAACACAAGACCAUCAUUGACGACGUUAAUGAGCCGAAAUACAAUCUGAAACAGUUGAAGCUUGGUAAUCUUGCUGAUAACGCCGGAGGAACUGGGCUGUCGGGCGUACGCAGUUCUGAACCUGCUUCUCCGACGAAGACGGCCAGAGUCCAGAAGCGGAAAGCAGAUGAAUAUGAUGAUGAUGGUCAAGGGCCUGCAAAGAGACCGAGCACCGAAGAUGAUGAAUCCGAAGUGGCUGAACAAGCGACCACCUAUCCUCAGGAUAUGAGCAAACUUGCUAGUUGGCUUUCCGAAUUCACCAAAAAGGAGGAAUCAACUUCCAAUCCGGGUACCACCGCUGCUGAAGUAAAACCAUCUUACCAACCGACUCGACAAGUUCAAAAGGAAGUAUAUCGACUGCCACAAAAAGAGCCAGGAAAGGAUUUGACAACUAUGGAUGACACAUACUCGCCUCAACAAUCUGAUGACGAACGUUAUCGAGCAGAAACUCCAAUCCAGAACUUUGAUGAAAGUACGCGUCAAACGGCAAGCAAAAAAAGCAAUUCUAAUGUCAAAAGAUGGAGGCCUGGGAGGUCUUCUUCACAUACAGAUAUAUAUAAGGUGACGGUUAAGCUUCCACCCGAUGCUUCAACGAAUGAAUGCCAGAUGAUUCUUAAAUCAUUGGAAGGUGUUCGUGUGACACAACAAACCAUGGAUGAGGCGACUCGACAAACUUAUAUGAAAACACGCGGAGUUCAAUAUGACAACGCUAUUUCUUCCAGCUCUUCUCUGGGACAAAUCCCGCGUUUUACAUCAUCCACUCGUCCUGAAUCUCAGGGAGUGAUCGACGGAUACGAACAAGCCGCAAUAACUGAUCAAAAUCGAAGAAGUCGGAGGAACGUCGGUAGAGCUCGAGAAGCGAGAUCACAUCUGCAAAACGGAUCCGAUUCUGACUCAGAUGAUGACAACAGCGGAAAAAGACGGCAGUAG